AAGACACACACACACACACACACACCUACACACAGGCACACACACUGAAAGAAUAGCAAUGUGCUGCCUGCAUCUGAAGAACUUUAAAUGCGCAUUUCAUUUGCCCAGCGCUCAACGUUCCAAAUCAGCAAAGAGUUAAGAUCGCCAAAGGAUCAAGGACAACACAAAAGAAUAAAAAUAACAGCAGCAACAACAACAGCAAGAACAACAACGCCAACAACAACUGGAACAGUAACAACAAAAAGACCAAACACUAGAAAGUAUUCAAGGAGAGUUCCAUUUUUGAGUUGAGUUAGCCUCAAGCAUGCCACAUCCAUUGGCCCUGCUGGUGCUCCGCCUGCUCUGCAUGCUGCGGCUGGGCUGUUUGAUUUGUGCGCAGCGACCGCUACUCAACCACACCUUCAAUGCGCUGCCCAUGUCCCAGCACCAGAGCAACUACAACAGCAACAGCAACAAUGGCAACAAGAAUAGCAACAACAACUACAACAGCAACUAUUUGGGGCAGGGCAAACAGUUGCGCAACGGUCGGUUGCAUGAACAGCCGCAGCCGUUGCCGCUGCCGCUGCCCACAUUGCCCGGCCUGGGCGCCCAGCCCGUCCACGUCUACGACGACUACGAGGGCGAGACGACAGCUGGUGGGAGUGACAGUACUUUUGGUUCCCGACCGCCGCCCGGCAGUCGCUGGCAUACCCGGCGCCGGCACAAUCUCUCACAUGUGGGCGCCGGCGGUCUGCCACGCCCCGAGCGGGGCAACGGACAGCGUGGCAUGGAAUCGCUGCGCAAGGAGCUAAUGAAACCAUCGGUGGGCGGGCCAGGUGGCGGCAUCUCCGGCAGCAGUGCUGGCUAUGCCUCCUACUCGGCCACCUCGUCCAUUGGCAAAAUCGAUGGCUUGGGCGGCAUCGGCUCAGCGGAUCGCUAUGGCGAGAAGCUGCGCCAGCCAACUGGUGCAGCUGCCAUGACAGCGGGUCCAGCGACGGGCUCAUAUUCGCCACUGUAUGCGGGCAUGGAUACGCAGCCAAUGCGUUCGUAUCCGCGCAAGAAUUCCAUCAGUGAGCUGCUCAAGCUGAAGAAGAGCCUCAACCAGGCCGACGAGCCGGUGGGCGGCGUAACCCAUGGCAACAUGGAGGGCGAUACCGAUGGCGACGCGGAUCAGCUGGAUCCCAUACAGCAGAUCAAGGAACGCAUUCGAGACACAGCGCCCAGGCCGAACACCUAUGCACCGCACACGGAAUCGACACCGUCAACGGAAAUUGAGGAUUUGCUGGGCGUCAAGUGUAACUUUGAGACGCCCUGCGCCUGGAAGUGGACCGAGCUGCUCUCGGAUGGCUUUCAGGUGAUCAGCGGCACGGAGCUGGCCAAGAAGAAUAUGACGGGUCUGAUGCCCGGCCCAGUGGCGGAUAGCAGAGACGAUGCGAACGGACACUUCUUGUAUGCCCGGGUGCAGCCGACAACGAAGCAACUGAAUCUGACAUCGCCCUCGUUCAGCACAACGCUGGAGAAGUGCGAACUGGAGGUGUAUAUGCAUCAGAGCGACAUGAGUCAUGGCUUAUCGCGUGCGGUGGUCGAGCCACUGCAUCCGCAGGAAAGCAGUUGGGUGCCCGCCGAAAUACAGGGUGACAACUUUCGCACGUGGACACACAAACAGUUUAGACUCGGUCGCAUCUCACGCGACUUUCGCAUUGUGUUCGAGAUUGUGCCCAAUCUGAAGCCGGGCCAGAAGGCGCAUGUGGCCAUCGACAAUCUACGCAUGGUCAACUGUUUCCCGGAGGGCACCAAGUCGGAGAAGUGCAGCACCUCACAGGUCAAGUGCAUGAUGAACAAGGUGCCCGUCUGCAUACCCCUGCCAAGGAUUUGUGACAUCACACGCGAUUGCGAUGAUGCCGAGGAUGAGCAGCAAUCAUGCGAUAAAAUACCCUAUGGUGGUCGCUGUGACUUUGAGGAUGAUUGGUGCGGCUGGCGGGAUUCGGGCAAAACCAUGUUGACCUGGUCACGGCACACUGGCCGCUCACCCACCCAAGACACCGGACCCGAUGGCGAUCACACCCAGCAGCAUUUGUUGAACGCAACGGGCGGUUAUUAUAUGCUUGUCAACAUGAAUCAGCAUGGCAACAACUCGGAGAAGAGCGGCAAUAUUGGAUUCGCCAGCAAUGCCAUCAUGCUGAGCAAGAACUUCAAUCCGCCGCCAUCGGUGCACGGUAAUCCGGAUUCACCGUAUCGCAACUCGUGCGUCGUCCGCUUCUACAUCCAUCAGUUUGGCAAGAAUCCGGGCAGCAUUAAUCUGUCCGUUGUCGAAAUGAAGGAGAAGGAGAACAUAACCACAACCCUCUGGUGGAGCACCAAGAAUCAGGGCAGCGAUUGGCUACGCGCCGAAUACGUUCUGCCCAACAUCACCUCCAAAUACUAUCUACAAUUCGAGGCACGAAUGGGCAUGCGCAUCUUCUCGGAUGUUGCCGUCGACGACUUCUCGCUGAGCCCCGAGUGCUUUGGCCUCAACAUACCCGAGGAGCAUCUAAACGGAUAUAACUAUUGGGACGUCAGACAGAAUCUAAAGAGUCCCUCGCAUCACGACUUCGAGCACACAAACUAUUUAGAGCUGACCACCUGCGAUACGCGGGGUAUGAUAGGACCGACACAGACGCAGUGCGAGAGCGCCUACCGGGAGCAGAAUCAGAGCCAUGUGCUGCGCGAGGUGCAUGUGGUGGAGGAUCAGAGCACCUACAAGGGCAUGCAGAAGUGGAAGGUGCCCAACGAGGGUCACUACACCAUCAUUGCCAAAGGUGCUAGUGGUGGCCUUGGUUCCGGUGGCGUGGGCAGCUCGCGUGGUUCUGUUGCUGUCGCCGUGCUGGAGCUGCUGAAGAACGAGGAACUGUAUUUCCUGGUGGGUCAACAGGGCGAAAAUGCCUGUAUCAAAUCGAUGGGCGUCCACAAGGAAGCUGGUUGUGGCACCGAACACGAUCUGGACUUGGCCCAGUACAGUUUCCGCUCCAAGCAGGACAUGGUGAAGAACAUUUACAUUGAGAAUGGCGCCGGUGGUGGCGGUGGUGGCUCCUUUGUCUUCCUACUCAAUCAGGCCAAGAAUGAGGCGGUGCCCCUGCUUGUGGCUGGUGGCGGCGGCGGUCUGGGCAUUGGUCAAUACAUCGAUGAGGAUUUCCAGCAUGGCCAGAAGGCGAAACCACUGCAACCGGCGGAGAGUGGUCAGAUCAAUGGUGAGCCGCUGAACAAGAAGACAGCCGGACCCGGCGGUGGUUGGCGUGCCAAAGAAGAUCAGGCGCUGAGUCCCACCUAUGGUGCCGCCCUGCUUCAGGGCGGACGUGGCGGCCACUCAUGCUAUGUGGAACUGGCAGAUAAUGGCACCACCGUGCAUCGUCAUGGCCAGGGUGGUUUUGGUGGCGGCGGCGGUGGCUGCAACACCGGUGGUGGUGGUGGCGGCUAUGCCGGCGGCGAUGUCUAUCUGAACGAGUCGAAUGGCGAGGGCGGCACCUCCUACAUCAGUUCCAGUCGCAGUCUGCGCGAUGCCAGCGAAAUCUUUGCCGGCUCCAGCAGUGGUGCCGGGGCCAUUAUCAUAAUACCCGCCAUCGAGGGUUGUGGUUGCGACUAUCGCUGUGUGGCACUGGAUGAGUUUAGGUCCAAGGUGCGCUGCAUCUGCCCGGAUGGCUGGAGUCUGAAACGGGACAAUAAUACAGCCUGCGAGCGGCAAGAGGAGGCGGGCAAAUCCUCCUUCCAAAAUCUGGUCACCGGUCUAAUGAUCUCACUGGCAGUGCUCUUCUUCUGCAUUGCGGCGCUAAUCUUUAUGUUGUACAAUCGCUAUCAGCGCAAGAAGCAGGCCAAGCUGCGCCACAAAAUGCUUGUGGAGCAGGAUUUGCAGCUGAGUCGAUUGCGCCACAACAUCGACGACUCCAAUUUGAAUAAUUUCAAUCCCAACUAUGGCUGCGAUGGCAUCCUCAAUGGCCACAUCGAUGUCAACAGUCUGCCGCAGGUGGCACGCGAGAGUCUCCAGCUGGUCAAUGCACUGGGCAAAGGUGCCUUUGGUGAGGUGUAUCUGGCGCUCUAUCGCCAUCGCGAUGGCGAUGCCGUCGAAAUGCCAGUGGCAGUUAAAACUCUACGCGAGGAUCCCAAACGGGAAAAGGAGGAGGAUUUCCUCAAGGAGGCAGCAAUAAUGGCCAAAUUCAAUCAUCCCAAUAUGGUGCAUCUAAUUGGCGUCUGUUUCGAUCGUCAGCCCUAUUAUAUUGUCCUGGAACUACUCGCCGGUGGAGAUUUGCAAAAGUUUCUGCGCGAAAAUCGAAAUACACCGGAAAGACCCUCGCUGCUAACGAUGAAGGAUCUGUUGUUUUGUGCUCUGGAUGUGGCCAAGGGCUGUCGGUAUAUGGAGAGCAAGCGAUUCAUUCAUCGCGACAUCGCCGCCCGCAAUUGUCUGCUGAGCAGCAAGGGACCCGGUCGAGUGGUGAAAAUCGCCGACUUUGGCAUGUCCCGCGACAUUUACCGAUCCGAUUACUAUCGCAAGGGUGGCAAGGCAAUGUUGCCCAUCAAAUGGAUGCCACCGGAGGCAUUCCUCGAUGGCAUUUUCACCUCAAAAACGGACGUUUGGUCAUUUGGCAUCCUGCUGUGGGAGGUAUUCAGUUUGGGUCGCUCGCCGUAUCCUGGUCAGCAUAAUACCCAGGUGAUGGAGCUGGUGGUGCGUGGCGGACGUUUGGGUUCACCCACCGAGUGUCCGGUGGCCAUCUAUAAGAUCAUGGCCGAUUGUUGGAAUCCCACGCCCGAGGAUCGACCCACUUUCACCAGUCUGUUGGAGCAUCUAACGACCUGCACUCAGGAUGCGAGCAUUAUGAAUGCCCCACUGCCCAAUAUACUGGGACCCACUGCAUCCGAACGGGAUGAGACUGUCAUACGACCGCCAAAUGGCGAUGAAUUCUGUUUGGCUGUGCCGGACUAUCUGGUGCCAUUGCCGGGCAAUGGUGCCGCACAUCCUGCUGGCCUCGGCUCCGCUUAUGCGCCGACGGCUCAGCAGCGCCAGCAGAGCAGCGCUUGUACACCGCCGGCGGUCACCUCGCCAGCGGCACCCAAACCCCUGCUGGCGGAGCAGUCGCUAGAGGGCACCACAGCGGCUACUGCUGCUGCUGGGGCUGGUGGGGAUUGCUGGGAGACGUCGUUCAUAUUGCCCAACUCGAAGAGCGAUCAGCCGCUGUUGAGUGCGGGUGCCAUUACCACCAUGGCCACGGCGGACUCACAGCGUAAUCUGCAGGUGGCAACAGCUGGAGCAGCUGCAGCUGGUGGCGUGGCGACAGUUGCCACAUCCAGCGAUGAGGCGAAACUAAUCAGUUUGGAUACGCCGCAGGCGACGCCAACCACAAUACAGCCGCCAUUGUCGUUUGCCUCGCAGCUGGACGGGAUUACCCUGGAUCCGGCUGCACUAAGCAAGGCGCUGGCCAAUGGAGGUGCUGGUGGCAAGCAAUCCUAUGCCAAUGUGCAGGUGCAGCUCAAGGGGGAUGCGGAACGGGAGCGGGAACGAGAGAGCAGCAAAAUGAAUGGCACGCUGCCAACCGGAAAUGGAGUGAUUAUCAAUGGCGGCGACACUUCCGCCGCAACAGUGGCAGUGCCAACAACGGAAAUAAGUGCAAAUGAUUCACCCUUCACCAUUCAGGGCUAUGCGGAGCGUUACAAGGACAACAACAAUCAUUCCGAAAUCAGUUGUUAAACAAAAGAAUACAACACAAAAACACUCACAGGGUGUCUGUCUAUUUCUAAGGGUGUCUGCGGCACCCCAAUGGCUAAAAAGCUAUCGAUAAAUAUCGAUACAUUUAGUGUCAGUGUCACAAUUUGUUUGAACAUAUUUAUAGCAACAAAAAACAACAACAAAAAAACAAAAAUCGAGUGAGAAAGAACUUCACAAGAAAUUGUAUUGUAAUUUAUAAUUAAUAAACAAAAACAAGAAAAACACAUAAGAUUUGUACGCGUAAUUGAGUAAAAAAGAAAAACAAAUACAUAAUUACAAAUUAUAAAUGAGAUGAGAAAUUAGUUGACAAAUUAGUUUUAGUUUAGUUUUUGUAAGCCAAAUUAAUUAGUUUUGCCAAUUGCGAAGAGGUUGUAUAUAAGUAAACAAAUAUAUAUAUUUAAAUAUGUAUCUUGAGUUGU